UUUUUAUUGAAAUAAUAAAAUGAAAACUCCGAGCUCUUCAAACUAUAAAAUUCCAAUUUCAAUGUCAUCCCUGAAGGAUAAAGACCCUGUGCAUAUAAAAGGGAAGGGGAAAGAGUUUAGAAGCUCAUUUUUCCCUUUAAAUUCCUUACUCUCUCAUAGUGGGAAAGCUAGCCAGUCUUCAAACAGACUUAGCAUUCAAACAGUGCUUAAGAAUAUGGACUCAAACCGGAAAGUUUCAAAAUUAUUCUCUGGUAUGACAAUCACAAGUGUGGGAAAUUCAAAAUAAUAAAAACCUUAAGACAUAUUUCAAAACAGAGAAUAAUAAUGAAAUAAAGGCUACUAAGCAUAACAGAGAUUUUGAAAGAUGGACUCUUGACCAGCGCUUUCAAAAGAAAUCAUCCUCAGCGAUGUCGCUUACGAAAUAUCUCAAAUAACUGCAGAACUAAGAAGAUAAAGUGUCAGAAUAGUAACAAGAAGGUUGCGUUUUACCCACAGGAAAAGCCAAAUAGUAGGAAUGCGAGUUCAAUGACCAACUUACAUUCAAUCUCUUUGCCCAAUUACGAUCAGCCAACUCUUUCUACUAAGGAGUUGGGCAAUAUUUUUGGGUUUGCUGCCAACACUAAUCAAGGAAUCAAUCGAAAUUAUAAUGAAGACAGAGUCAGCAUUAUUAUAAACGCAGCUUGUCCUAAGAUCCAAGACCCUCAGAUGUGGCCAAAGACCCACUUUUUUGGUGUCUUUGAUGGACAUGGAGGGCAAGGAUGUGCAGAAUUUCUAAGGAAAUCCCUCCAUAGAAUUCUGUAUACAGAUCCUUGAUUCCCUGAGAAUCCUAAAAAGGCAUUAUUAAAUGCCUUUAAGAAAGCAGAGGGCUUGUUUUAUGAGAAAAUACGUAAACAGAGUAACUUCGAAAUGUCUCAUAUUUCUGAUACCUCAGGAUCCUGCGCCAAUGUGGCCCUAAUAGUUGGAGAUGUGUGAUAUGUAGCUAACCUCGGUGACAGCCGAGCAAUUUUAUCCAUCAACUCAGGAAAGUCGGUCAAAUGAAUGUCAAUAGAUCACAAGCCAAGUUGAAAAGAUGAAGCUGAUAGGAUAAAUAAAAAUGGAGGUUCUACUUAUCAAACUCAACUACAAAAGGAUGGUCUAAAACUUGGUCCAGUACGGAUCCUUCCUGGAAGAUUAUCAGUCUCGAGAGCUUUUGGAGAUAUUGAGGCUAAAAACCCCCUUCUUGGAGGUAAUCCAAAAGUGUUAAUAUCUACACCAGAAAUACAGACUUUUAAACUCAGCAAGAAAACUGAUUUUCUGUUACUGGGAAGUGAUGGAAUUUUUGAGAAAUGCAGUAAUUCUUAUCUCUCAAGAGUUGUAUGGAAGACCCUUAAGUCAAAAGAAGGUCUUAAUAAGUUCAAUCUUCAUGAAUGCCUAGGAGAAUGAGUGGAUAUGGUACUGAAAAAGAGUAUAUUAGCUGGAACUCUUGACAACAUCAGCUGUGUUAUUAUUGCUAUGAAUAAUCUAUUAGACAGUAUAAUCUGUCCACCUCAGAAAAUGAUGAACCUCCCUCAACCGUUGCCUGAAUCACUAACCUUGGACAGUAAUUUCCCUCGAGGAUUUUGUAAGACUUAUUCCCAGACCUAACAAAGAAAAUGCUAAAGAAUCUGUCAACAUAAAGCAGGUUGAUAAAAACCUAUUAAACCUAUUUGAGUCAUCAAAAUAUUCACAGAUAUUAAAGUCUUCUCCAAAAUUUCGAAAGAGCAAGAUCAGUGCUUCUACAAAGAUGAUCAAGCCAAAGAGGGGCAAGAAGAACAGGCUGUCAAAAAUCAACUUAAGAAAGAGCAAGGAUAGAAAGGAGCAGAAGCCAGGCUUAGGCCCUACAAGGUCCUUAAAGAUAGCCAAAGCAUCAACUUCUUGUAAAAGAAUGGAAGCUAAGUAACCAUAUUUUCAUCAUUAUUGUAAGAUAUAAAUAUACUUGGAAUAUUCUAUC